ACGAAUUUGAUUCCGUCAGCUUCGAUGUACUCACGUACCAGGUUGAUUUUUUAUACAUGUGAACUACAAUUUCAAGGAUACAGCGAAUGUUUUUAAAAUAAGAAUCUUUAUCUUGCUCUAAAAAAGGAAAAAUUUCCAUCUUCACCAUGAAUAAUCCCGGGACUUUUCGUGUGUGUGGUUGCUGGACCUAAUGGAAUAUGCAUGACUGUAUUCAAAAGACUGGGAUCAAACUUGGCCUGAGGAGGCCACCACUCCCACCACAACGUGAUAUUCCCGUGGGCCCUGUUUCAAAGUUGAGAUUCGUUUCACCGGAUUAUUCUUUGAAGAAGCUCUACGGGGACAACGAAAUCACAACAUCGAGGUAUACGUGGUAUGGAUUCAUAUUCCAAAAUCUUGUUGAACAAGCACAGAGAAUCGCAAACUUCUACUUUAUUUGCAUUGCGGUGGUACAGAUUUUUACAGAUUCGCCUGUCACUCCCGCCAUUUCAAUUAUUCCUUUGGUAUUUGUGCUUGCUGUUACCAUGGUAAAACAGGGUUAUGAAGAUUGGCUCAGGCAUAGAGCAGAUAGAGAAGUUAAUUAUGUUCGGGUGGAAGUGGUGACCGAAGAUGGCAGGUUGCAAACGGUGAGAGCGAUGGAAUUGACUGUCGGUGACAUCGUACUUUGCAGAGUCAAUGACAUUUUUCCGUGUGAUAUGCUCAUCCUUAGUUCCAGUGAACAAAACGGCGAAUGCUAUGUGACGACUGCCAGCUUGGAUGGAGAAACUAAUCUGAAGCGCUUUGUAGCACCUGAACUGACUCGAAUGUAUGACAGUCCAGAUCUUCUGGCGAAAAAUCUUCGAGGCACAAUUACAUGUCAGCAACCGAUUAAUGAUCUGUAUGCAUUUAACGGCCGCCUCACGGUCGAAAACGAAGUAGGAGGUGCUGAAAUCUGUCCAAUUGGUCCCUCCAACCUUCUUCUCAGAGGUGCGUGCCUGAGAAACACAGAUUUCGUAUAUGCAUGUGCUGUGUACACGGGUCAGGACACAAAAAUGGCACUGAAUUCCAAAGGAAAGAAAACAAAAUUUUCGCAAGUGGAACGUCGGUUAAACUACUAUCUUGCUAUUAUUUUGGUAUUUCUUGUUACGUGCUCUCUCAUAUCAAGUAUUUUGAUGUUUGCCCUCCCUUUAAAAAAUGCAUGGUACAUACAGCCACAGACGAUUACCGCAUGGUCAGUCGUGCAGACGUUCCUGGGUUUUAUCGUCUUGUACAACUAUAUCAUACCUAUUUCUCUAUACGUCACGAUUGAAGUACAGAAGUUCUUCGGUUCUCUUUUCUUCGAGUGGGAUAUAAACUUAUACGACAAAAAUUUGAAUGAACGGGCAAAGUGCAAUACUUCGGAUCUUCUAGAGGAAAUGGGCCAGGUCGAAUAUUUGUUCACUGACAAGACGGGGACGCUGACAGAGAACCUGAUGCAGUUUCGUCGGUUUGCUACUGCCCUUGGGACUUUUGGGGUGAAAGACGGAAAAAUUUAUAAAAUCCUUCCAGAUCAAAGACGACGCUCAACUCUGGUGGGAGAACUGGAAACACUAUUUGGAGAUGUUGUUGAUUUGACUCCAUCCACUUCACUGUCAGAAGAACCCUCCGAUGCGGACCUACUGAGCAGUAUUCAGACUUUGCUAUUGGUUUUGUCUCUGUGUCAUACCGUUCGGGUGGAAAAGCAUCUUCCAGGUGAAGAACCGACUCCCGGAAAGCAGAAAAAGAAGAAACGUGGUGCAGCUGCAUCCUCUUCGGCGGCAACCACGACAGCAGUGAUUGACACUCUGCAACGGUUUCGUGAACCACCACGGCGUGGGAGUAGCGCGCUGAGGAGAGCAUCCGCGGCUCAGUCAGCUUCCGCAGCUGUUCGUGCUUCUAGGCGGGGGAAGAAAGUAAAGGCGGAAGAUUACAUCUAUCAGGCAUCUUCACCUGACGAAAAGGCCUUCGUUGAAGCGACACGCGACUUGGGCGUGGUCUAUCAUGGUGUGGAUGAGUCCGGAAUACAUGUUGUCACUGACCAUGGACUGGCCCUGCGCUAUCGACUCUUGGACGUACUGGAGUUUGAUGCAACGCGCAAAUGUAUGAGUGUUGUACUGCAACCAUUUACUCCGGGGAGCCAGUUGGAUGAACAAGCUCCUGUGAUUGUACUAUCCAAGGGAGCAGAGACAGCUAUGUUGCCCAGGGUAGCAACCGAUCAGCAGGUCAACACGGUUUCCCAUCAGUCAACUGAUCCCCUCGUCAACGGCCUCUCUGGCAAACUGCGGGGAGAAAUCAGCAUGACCACAGAGGAGACGAUGAAUCAAGUAACGGAGUUUGCUAGCAGCGGGCUUCGGACCCUAGUCAUGGGUGCCAAAAUUAUUUCGGCAGCGCAGUGGUAUGAAAUGAAGCAAGAACUUGACACGGCUCGGGGACUAUUGGAUAAUCGAGACGCGGCGUUGGCUGCGGCCUACGCGAAAAUUGAGAGCAACCUGACGCUGGUGGGUUGUACCGGAAUAGAAGAUAUGUUACAAGACGGUGUACCGGAAACGAUCACCGCAUUGCGGGAAGCAGGCAUUCAAGUAUGGGUGCUCACUGGUGACAAGGAGGAGACAGCCGUGAAUAUCAGCUAUUCUGCCGGUCACUUUUUUGUUGGAAUGAGCGAGGCUCGAAUUACCCGACACACAUCGCUUCGUUCUUGUCUCGACGCUUUGAACGCACAGUGGGAACGUAUGAAGGAGGCGAAACGUCUUGAUGCAUCUCAACAGUUCGGUAUUGUUAUUGAUGGACAGUCUCUGAAUUUUGCAUUAGAGAUCGAACUUCGAGACAAGUUUGUCGAGUGCUGCCAAUGUGCCAGUACCGUGCUUUGUUGUCGGUUAACCCCACUUCAAAAGGCUGAAGUUGUCCGACUAAUCAAGGAAAGUCGCUCCCCCGCUCCAGUCACUGCAGCCAUUGGAGAUGGAGCAAACGACGUGUCCAUGAUUUUAGAAGCUCAUGUCAGUUUUGGCCUUUACGGAAAGGAGGGACGACAGGCUGUUCGAGCCGCCGACUACGCCUUUGGUCGCUUCAAGUUCCUCAAAUCCGCACUCUUGUUUCAUGGUCAUACCUAUUACAAGCGAGUUGCAUUGCUCGUUCUAUAUUUUUUCUACAAAAACCUUUUAUUUACACUCCCACAAAUGUUAUUUGGUUUUUUCUGCUCCUAUUCCGCCCAAACCAUCUAUCCGGAAGUCUAUAUGGUAUUUUACAACAUAACCAUGACAUCCCUACCGAUAUUUUUGUUUGGUUUGUUUGAGAAACCUGUCCCUGAACACAUUUUGUUAGCCUAUCCACGUCUCUAUCGUGAUAUUGUCAGAAAUCGUGGUCUUUCACUCAUCAACUUUAUUGUUUGGAUCACAUUGGCCGUGUGGCAUGGUUUUGUCAUCUUUUUCGGGAUCUAUUUUCUCGCAUUUCGUGGUCAAGCUAGCGGUGGCAGCGAUCCUGUCUCAGGCUACGGUGGGUCGGCAGUCGGUGCCAUCCUAGGAUUCGGCAACUUGUUAAUCAUGACCAUUUUUAUUGUGACCAACUUACGCGUUUAUUUGUUCAGCUACUAUUUGAACUGGGUUGUCCUGUUGGGCAACGUUUUGGCAUUCUUGUUGAAUUUAUCCAUGUACACCUUUCUCAAUUUUUACCUGUUCCCCAUGGAAACUCCGGCCGAAUUGUUUGCCACGUGGAGUGUGUUGUGGGGCGGGUCGGGAUUAGGCACGCCGUGGUUUGCAUUUCCAGUGUUGAUUUGCCUGUCUCUCCUACCGGACCUAGUUCUUCGUGCAUUCACCGAUCAAGGAUGGAAGUGGCGACUGGCAGAGAUGCAAGAGGAACAAGAGCGCCUGGAGACUGAACCCAAGUCAGUGGUACGGAACGGCAUUCCGGCAACCCACAACGUGCAUCAGACGGAUGUUGGAGAUAGCCUGAAGGAGCAAACUCCAUCACAGCCUUCCUUUCGUGAGCCUGUAUAUUACGUCAACCCUUCAUUCGAGUGGACUCGAACAGACCCGUUAAAAGGUAUUGAACCAUCACCUGUCUACCGGAAUGCCCCACCUCGUUCCAUACCUGUCCAAGAAUUGUUUGAGCGCGGCCCAAUUCAACCCAUUUCAACCAAAGGUGUGGGCAACAGCCGAACCCAGGUGAAUGGGGUUUUUUCAUCAGAAGAUGGAUUUCUAAAACAAAGUGAAACAAAUUCAUCGCGCCUGUGAUGAAGCCAAACGGCUACGAGUGUACAUGACUUGCAAUCAAACUAAAUGACUAACAACAUACUAUUUUCUUGUUGUGAGUGUUUUUUUGGAUCAUGUUUUUUGGCUUUGAAAUGUGAUGUACUGUUGCCACCAUUGACUCCCUGCAUUAUAGGCCAUAUUUUUUUGUUCUGAUCCUUGUCAGCUUAUAAAACCCAUAUUUAUUGUAUUCUUAUCCUGAAAAAACCACUGAGCUGUUCUGUAAACAUGACAAAGAUAGGUAAAAGUUCU